GUCGCCGUCCUCGAGACUUUCCGUAGAUCCAGAGUCUGCCUCUAUAGCACGUACAGGGCAGUUAGUAUCCAGUGCGGUAACAUGCUCCGGGCCGUUUUCCGACUGACAGCCACAGGAGCGCGGAGUCUGACUCGGUCACGACCCUGCUACUCAGCUCCAUUGGCUUCCAGAUGUUACUCCCAUGGAAAGGUGGAGACAGAUGAGGAGUUUGACUCCCGCUGGGUCACUUACUUCAGCAAGCCUGACUUAGAUGCCUGGGAACUCAGGAAAGGAAUGAACACCCUAAUUGGAUAUGAUUUGGUACCUGAACCCAAGAUCCUGGAUUCAGCACUAAGAGCUUGUCGGAGACUGAAUGACCUGGCCAGUGCCAUCCGCAUCCUUGAAGCUGUCAAGGACAAAGCAGGCCCCCAUAAAGACAUCUAUCCCUACCUGAUCCAAGAGCUAAAGCCCACCCUUGCAGAACUCGGCAUCUCAACACCAGAAGAGCUGGGAAUUGACAAGUUGUAGACUGUCAAGGUUAUUUGAUGUACAGAGACGAGUUCUCCUGAUUCUCCUCACUCUGAAUUGCCUAUAUUGUUUAAAUCCAAGCUGUCCUGUGGUGUACAAAAUUAUGGACCUUAUAAAUAAACCAGUAAUUGAAGAUGU